AUGGACAAGCUAAGCGAUGUAUCGCCAGUACUUAAAGGCGCUGAUACCAAUCUAAGCACAUAUUCAAACUGGGUUAAAAGUUUCUAUGAAAAGUUCCUGACGUCCCUCCAAUCCCAGCCCGACCUCUCCGACCACUCCCCUCGUCUCACCCCCCUCACCGGCGCCCUCUCCGCCCUGCUGUCCACAAUGCACGACCACAAACACUUCUCUGCCGCCGUCUCCCGCAAGCUCGCCGACCUCCAAACACAGCUCGUCACCCUCACCCCCUCUGCAUUCUCCCAGGCCUCCCCGCUGCUCAACGUCGUCAGGGCCGGCGUCCAGGCGUUCCACGGGGAGCUCGCGAAGCAGUACGUCAGCAGGUACUCGGGGGAGACGUUUGGCGCUGAGCUCGUCGAAAAAGAUAAAUUAACGCCGUACGGAACCAAGUUAAGUAAGCUUUUCCUGAGCGUAGUUUCGACCUUAAGGUCUUCGUUGGCUUCUCUGAGACGAGGUUCCAGAAAUCUUAGCGGACAACAAGCAACCGCUUUUAGUGACCUCGCAAGACUCGUCGCCGAUCAAGGCUACGAUGUUUGCGACUCCACAACUGAACAAAAUGGAGAAGUAAAAAGACACUUGACUGGUAAAGGAAUACAAAUGUACCUUGUAGGCAACGACUAUAAUCAUGUGUACCAUACAGACAACAACGUUAGACGACCACUCGAAAAUAUGUACAUUUACCUUAACGAUUACUACAAAAUCGGUCACAUAGCUACUUCAUCGUCAAAGAGACGCCCGUGUUCCAUAUACGAGAUGCUCUGUUGGCUGUCUGGUCUGCCUUGCAAUGACGUCUAUGAGGAUCUAUGGCGUGACGCUGUCAGCGAGCUAUUCGUCGAUCCUAAGAACCAGCCAACUGAGAACGGUGACAUUCCCGUGACCGUUGUCAGCGAGCAACCACUACAGGCGUAUCCACACCCAAUUGAGUGUAACGAAGCACAGAGAGCAGUGAAGCGCCUGUGUUCCAGAGCAUAUGACGUGCUGACUGAGAUCAUCGGCUACGGCGACGCAUACACAAUUUAUGCCGUUGACCUCUGCAAUAACUCGCUUAAUCUACAUUAUCCAACUGAUGCUGCCAGUUGCCUGGAACUAUUGCUGGACAUCCUACGCAGAUUGUUACCAGUCUUCAGAUUUUUGCAUAGCCAGUGUAAGCUUGGAACUAAGCAUUUCGGUUGGUCAAAUUGUCUGUACGGCAAGGAUAUCUUGAACGGUAAAUCGCAUUGUGAUAAGCAUCCAGAUGACAAGCAAACCGACUGCCUGCCCAGAUCACCGCUUCAAGCGUACCUAAGUGACACGUUAACCGGCCAUCUACCUCACCACGUUACUUCAAUCGGAUGCAAAUCCGUAUGCAGCAAUUGCCCCAAGGGCCUCCCCGGACAGCCGUGUCUGACGCCCCUUGGCUUUAGGGGUUUCUCUGGGAGUACGAAGCCAGGUAAACACCUAUCCAAAGUGCUAACCAAUUUCUUCGACAAACUAGAUGUCACACCGAUAUUCGGUCUAAUGACCAAACCACCAUCCACUUUGCCAGAACACUUCCAGUUCGCGUUGUCGUUGUCCAAUAUGCUAAAGAAUGACGGCUCUCGUACAAAUGACGUCAAAACAGCCUUCGACACAUCAGCCAGGGAAGAGUCCAUCGAUCUAUAUAAGGAACCAGACAAACUCACAACUGCGCUUCGCAAUGCAUAUGGCAGCCACGGUAGCUCAGGCCAUUCGAAAUUCACGGAAGUCGACCUGUCCACGCUUUCGGUAUCGACGCCAUGUACGUUUGCUAGUAGCGAUAAGCUUCAUUGCGCUCCGUAUCUUAAAUCUCUAUGCGAGGAUUCAUACACCUAUCUCGCCGAGAAGCAUUCAGAACUGUAUUUUUCAUGGGCUCUCUAUUUACCAUUGGCAUUGUACGAUUGCUUGAAAUCACUGCUGGACUCAUUCGGCAAUAUCUCCUGCCGCGACUGGGGAUGCAGUCGUUGUACGCAUGGCACCAAAUGUUCUCGCGGUAAGCACGGCAUUGAGAACUGUCAGUGUCGCGGAAUUGUCGAAUGCCGCGGUGUAAGUAGUACCUUCUACAGUUACGGAUUCACAUUUGGCGAUUCGACUAAAUUACACGGCGAUACCAGUAAGAGUUACUGCCAUCAUUUCCACAUACAACUGAAAAAUGUAUUGCAAUCGACACAUUUCACAGCAUUGUUCAAGGAGUGCGACAACUACAUGUGGAUGAUCAGGCAGCCGUUUAUAUGGCUCAACGUCGCACUCUGGUCACUCUCCCUCUUCUACCUCAUCUGCGUAAUGGUUGGCAGACUGGAUGUGCUCCACAUACGCUCACACCUGAGAUCACCAUCAUCGCACAGGAUUACUGCGCAAUCAUUGUUGGCUGCUGCGCAAGUCGGAAGGCUUGCCAAGAUAUCGUAUCUACAGCCAUGA